CAUGAGGAGGUGGAGUCACUGCAAACUUUAGUUUACUUGUGACUUCUUGCAGAAUGAAAGCAGACACAGCGUGAAGACAACACACUUAACAAGGCAGGCUUGCUUUUCAGCUUUGCUGAGCUGGAAAAGAAAGUAAAGAACAGGUGUGCUAUGUGGGCUUCCCAGUCAGACAGGCUCCCUGGCUUCCAUUGACGUUGGCUGCAGGCCCAGCAGAACCCUGCUGCUUGCUCUUCAUGGCUUUCAAAGGGUUGCCAACGUGAUCGAGGACGAGACACGAAAAAAAGCAGCCUCUAACAGCUCUCCUUCCUUCGAAUUUCCCCUGAACCCUGAACCCACUAAUUUGUCUGAGGACGCUUGCUGUCAAGGAGAGCAUUCACCCUGCACUGGAAAUAAAAACUAGCAUGACUGAUUCUGUUUCAGUGUAACAUCAACUUAUUAUUAUUAUUAUUAUUAUUAUUAUUAUUAUUAUUAUUAUUAUUAUUAUUUUAAUGAGAUAUUAAAAAUAACAGGGUGUAAUAAUGAGGCUGUUGAAGCACAGGGUGAGAUUCUUGUCCUGUGAGAAAUAAACUUGAACUGUGAGCAACAAAAAAGGGGUUUUCUCUAUUUCUACAAACAAAGACAAAGCUUACUUGAACAUAUCUGAAGGAAACCGACAGUCCAAGAAAGGGAAUUCUAAGCUUUUUUUUUUGUUUGACUUUGAGCUACUCUUUAUUGGAAAACAAAAACCCAACUGAAGAAUCAGUACCUUAAUAAAAUAAUUGCGGGGAGUCCUGUAACGCUCAGAAAGGGCUCCAGCUUCUACGACACCCCUCUGUCUGGAUUCUUCCUGAAGGAAUAUCCUAGAUUGGGUUCAGGAUGAUGUCUGGGAGCGCAGCAAAGCUAAACUCGGAAUCAUGGAGUCAGAGGGAGCCUGGGAUCUCAAAGCCCACCAGUUUGCAACACAGAAAUUCCUUUCUAUCUGCAAACAUCAUUGCCGUGGUGGAAAGAUGCAUGGGCGCCAUGCAGACUGGCACUCAGAUGGUGAAGCUGAGAGGCAGCUCCAAGGGGUUGGUCCGCUUCUAUUUCCUGGAUGACCACAAAUCCUGCAUUCGCUGGCGGCCCUCCAGGAAAAAUGAAAAAGCCAAAAUUUCCAUAGAUUCAAUCCGGGAGGUGUGUGAAGGAAAGCAGUCUGAAAUCUUCCAGCGCUACUCCGAUGUGAGCUUCGAUCCCAACUGCUGCUUCAGUAUUUACUAUGGAGACCACAUGCAGUCUCUGGAUCUGGUAUCUUCCAGUGGGGAGGAAGCUAGGACGUGGAUCACCGGGCUUAAAUACCUGGUGGCUGGCAUCAGCGACGAGGACAGUCUGGCGAAGAGGCAGAGGACUCGAGACCAGUGGCUGAAGCAGACUUUUACAGAGGCCGACAAAAACGGUGACGGCAGCUUGAGUAUAAGUGAGGUCCUUCAGCUGAUACACAAACUCAACGUCAACCUGCCCAGACAGAAAGUCAAGCAGAUGUUUAAGGAAGCGGACACUGAUGACAAUCAAGGCACUCUGGGCUUUGAAGAGUUCUGCGCCUUUUACAAGAUGAUGUCAACGCGGAGAGAUCUCUACCUGCUCAUGAUCACCUAUAGCAACCACAAGGACCACAUGGACAGCGAUGACCUCAUCCGAUUCCUGGAGAUCGAACAGAAGAUGGCUAACGUGACGAGGGAACAUUGCAUCGAAAUUGUGAACAAGUUCGAACCUUGCUCGGAAAACCAAAAACAGGGUGUCCUGGGAAUUGACGGCUUCACCAACUACAUGCGCAGUCCAGCCGGAGAUAUUUUCAACCCUGAGCAGUAUGAAGUGAACCAGGACAUGAGUCAGCCCUUGUGUAACUACUUCAUCUCAUCCUCUCACAACACCUACCUGAUGGGGGACCAGCUCAUGUCCCAGUCCAGGGUAGACAUGUAUGCCUGGGUACUGCAGGCAGGCUGUCGCUGUGUGGAAGUUGACUGCUGGGACGGCCCGGAUGGGGAACCGAUUGUCCAUCAUGGUUACACUCUGACCUCCAAAAUCCUGUUUAGAGACGUCAUUGAGACCAUCAACAAGAACGCCUUCGUAAAAAACCAAUACCCAGUGAUCCUGUCUCUAGAGAACCACUGCAGCGUGCCACAGCAGAAGAAGAUGGCCCAGUAUCUGGUGGAGGUGAUGGGGGACAAGCUGGAUUUGUCCUCUGUGAAUAUGGAGGAAUCGGGACGCCUACCUUCCCCGGAGGAACUGAAAGGAAAGAUUCUAGUCAAGGGAAAGAAGCUCCCUGCAAACAUCGACGAGGACGUGGAGGAGGGAGAUGUGUCUGACGAAGACAGCGCUGAUGAGAUCGAGGACGACUGCAAGCUCAUGAACGGAGAUACCUCUGUGAACAGGAAACAGGUGGAGAAUGUGUCAAAAAAGAAACUCGACUCCCUGAUGAAGGAGUCAAAAAUCCGGGACUGUGAGGACCCAGACAGCUUCGUCAUCGCCACCCUGCCAUCCUCAGGAAAGCCUAGCGAGAAAGCAGGCCUGAAAAAGCACAGAAGUAGUCCUGCAGCCGGGGACAAACACUUGGAUAAAGGUGAGGAUGGAGCAGACCCUGCCGAGGACACGAACCCCAACGCUAACAAGAGACAGAGCCGCUCGUUCAUGGGGAACUUCUCCAAGCGCAAGAAAAAAACAGCGAAGCUGAAGAAAGCGUCCAGUUUCGAGGACGACGAUGAUGACCAGGAGAAUUCUGGGACCACUCCCAGGGGGGCCAUGUACCACGGCAGGAUAAGCCGGCAGAAGAAGACCAUGAAGCUUUGCAGAGCUCUCUCGGAUCUUGUCAAAUACACCAAGUCUGUCGGCGUCCAUGACAUUGAGUCGCAAGCGGCCUCCAGCAGCUGGCAGGUUUCAUCCCUCAGCGAGACGAAGGCCCACCAGAUCAUGCAGCAGAAACCCAGCCAGUUCAUUCACUUCAACCAGAGGCAGCUCUCCCGCAUCUACCCCUCCUCCUACCGCGUCGACUCCAGCAACUACAACCCCCAGCCCUUCUGGAACGCUGGCUGCCACCUCGUUGCAUUGAACUACCAGUCAGAGGGAAGAGUGCUGCAGCUGAACCGGGCCAAGUUUUAUACCAAUGGGAACUGUGGAUACGUCCUCAAACCCAAAUGCAUGUGUGAAGGUGCUUUCAACCCAGUACUAGAGGACCCCCUGCCAGGGCAGUUGAAGAAGCAGCUGGUCCUGAGGAUCAUUAGUGGACAGCAGCUACCCAAACCAAAAGACUCCAUGCUGGGUGAUAGGGGGGAGAUUAUUGAUCCUUUCGUUGAGGUGGAAAUAAUAGGAUUACCAGCCGAUUGCUGCAAGGAGCAGACCAGAGUAGUUGAUGACAAUGGCUUCAACCCCAUGUGGGAGGAGACUCUAGUCUUCACUUUGCACAUGCCUGAGAUCGCACUGAUCCGCUUCCUCGUGUGGGACCACGACCCUAUUGGCCGGGAUUUUAUAGGACAGCGAACGAUAGCCUUCACCAGCAUGAUGUCAGGUUAUCGGCACGUGUAUUUGGAAGGUAUGGAGGAGGCUUCCAUCUUCGUUCAUAUAGCUGUGAAUGACAUCACUGGUAAGUGGACCCCUCUUUGUCCAAACGCUACUUUUAGAGGCAGGAAAUUUUUAGGAGCCUUGAAGGUCCGACAAGCUAUCGGCAUAAAAGGGCUGUUUCACAGAAACCCAAAACAGGCUUCUCUCGACAGCCAUGCUGCUGCGCAGCUCAGUCGUAAGCACAUGUUUGGGGCCCACCUGUUGCGCAGGACAGCCAGCGCCCCAGCCAAGAGCCAGAAAAAAAUCAAGAAGGGCUUUCCGGAGAUCUCCAUCGACGCCAAAGACUACAGCUCUGAGGGUGCCAGUGAGGACAGGGAAUCUGAGGACCCCUCUCAGCCUCGCUUCAACCGCGAGUCGGACAACGCCACACCAGAGCCAACGCCAACGCCAGCCCAGGACAGUGCCAACGGGGAACUGCAUCCGGAGGACCUGAAAGACAAAACAAAUUCAUUACAAAGACCAGUCUCUCCUUCGCACACCCUGGAAACCAUUGCUGAAGAGACUUCCAAUACUGAAGACAAAACUUCCAUUUCUCCUCAUCCCGUAUCUCCAUACUGUGCUGGAGAAGGGGCCCCUUUGCAGCUCGGUCUCGCCAAAACUGCUGCUUCUGCAUGUUAUUCAGCAACGGGACCUGCAAACUCAUCUCUGUUGCUGCAGGGCAAAACCUCCUGCUUGGAUAAAGACCAGGAUGGUGCAAGAACAAUGGGGGUAGUAGCCCCAUGCAGGGAUAUCCAUGAAGACCAGAAAGAUUCAAAACUUAAAACUUCAACAAAUGACAUUAACAAGCAUGCUUCAUCGCCACAUACUAAAGACACUGAACGGUCAGCACAGUUCAGUUCUGUGCAGUUGAACGGCCAUGGUCUUAAAUCUAAUGCAACAAGCACAGCUAAAUGUGCAUCCGAGGCUGGAUCCAACCAAAACUCAAAUCAGAUCCUGGGAGCGUCGAGUACUGUGUCCAUGACCAACACCUCCCAAAGAGCGCAGGCUUUGAAAGUGUUGUUUGGCACGGAGAAACCUCAGGCAUCCCUGGCUGGACCACGCAUGUUGGUGCGCAGGUCGAAAAGCGAGGGGCAUGUCAAAGCAGCGGCAACUGGCAGCAACCCGUCUCCAGUGCCAGAGGUCUACACCGACGUCACCAUGAACGACAGGCUUUGGAGUAAAUUAGAUAGCAGCAGCCACAGGGACAGUGUGUCGUCUUCCUCCAGCAUAUCCUCCACUGACACUGUGAUUGACCUGUCGUUGCCUAACUUGGCCCGGAAGAGCCUGUCAGACCUGAACAGCUCCCAGGAGGAGUCUUCUUUGGAUGCCUUUUUGGGCAACAAAAGUAUCCGUCCACGGUCUGCGACCUCUGGGUGUGAAAUCCAAAGGGUUAGCAAAAGCAAGUCUAACCCUAACCUAAGGAUUGAGGUGGAAUCUGAAAUCAAAGACGAGAUCCAGCCAAGACCUUUAGUGAAGGCAUCUCCAGACAACUGUCGAAUGAUGCAGAGGAGACACACGUGGAGCCGGCUCUAUAUGGAAAGUCUCAAGCAGUCGUCUCCAGCCAAGAAGUCUACAGCACCGGCCAUCAAGGAAAUGGACAGUCUCUCCAAAUCCAAGAGCCUGGGGGAUCUCACAUCGGACGACAUUGCGUCGAACUUUGAGGGCAAGUACAGGAGCAUCAGCAGGAGCUUUGUCACCAGGUCCAUGAGGGAUCGACGGAAGCCUCCUCAGAAAACCCCGGACGACUUGACAGAGCAGCUGAAGAGGCUGACUGCGGUGGAGCCCUUAACCUCCAGCGACUUCACUCCUUCAAAACCUGCAGAGCUGGAGGAGGACUUCUAUCUUCUGAGACGAUCGUCUUCCAGGAGCCAGAGCAGGGUGCGCUACAUUGCGAACAGGGCCAAGCAAGCGCAGGAGAGGCAGCGGCUCCAAGGUGUGUCUCAGAGGAAUGGCAGUCCGAUCGAGGAGCGAGGGAACCCCGAGGGGUCGUGCUGCGUCAACAAGAGCGUCUGCACUGACUCGGACCUCCUCGGCCAGCUCCCCCCCUCACCGCAGGGCCAGGAUUUACCAAGCCCUGAGACCGAGGUGUUUUUUAUGCUGAAGCUUUAGAGUCUUUGGGAGAAUGCUCAACAAAGCUGUUGUUUCACAAGGUUCCAAAAAAACAGGCUAACCUGGUUUUAUGCCAUUCAGAUUUUUAAACGUAAUGGGUACAUUUUUAUUUGAUAUAUAUGUAUUUAAUUUUUUUUUAGCAUUCAACCCAUGUUUGACACGUAUGUAUACAAAACCUAGUAUUUGACUUGUUAAAUGAAACAUUGGAUAUAUCUGAAUUACUUUUAAUUGUGUUAAUCCCCAACCUCGUCCAUGCCUUUCCCAACAUGUUUUGAAGACAAUGUAUAUGAAAACAUAGUAUAGGAUCGAUAAGUUUAAAGAUUAAGUAGAAAAGGCUUGUUAUUUGGUUGAACUCUUUACAAAGCCUUUUAAACACAUUUGGGGUAAAGGAAAAUAAACGUUCCACUGAAAUGAAUGUGUGUCACUUGUGUAAACACUUUAAACACUCAUAAUGGACCUUGUUCAUAAACUCUUGUUACAUCACACUCCACCAUACACUCCACCAUAGAAACAACCUGGAUUCUGUAGUGCUUAGUAAUAAUAAUAAUAAUAAUAAUAUUAAUAAUAAUAAUAAUAAUAUAUAACUUAAGUAAGCAUGUUGAAUUCUGUGUGUUUCCUUCUGUACAGGCCAUUUAAAAGGCAAUAAAAAAGGGAAAUCAAGUAAAUGCUUUUUGUGUUGGGUUGCAUUUAACCAGCUUGACUGUCCCAAUAGAAAUAGUGACGGUAUGGCUGUUCUGGUCUUGGGGGUUGAUGUUGAUCAAGCCAUACAGGCAGGAUUGGCUACAUCUGAUCAAUCCCAUUGGUUAAUGAAAUGGCCCUCUUUGUACCUUGUGUUUUUAAGUAGUUGUGUCUAACACAUGGACUCGUCUCUAACAUGUGGAUGACUAGGUUACCUCCCUGUUUACCAGACCUCAUAACAAACAGACCUACCUGAAAUAUUCUUCUAGACUAACUUUUGAAGGCACAACUGUAGGAGUUGUAAUAAUAAUAAUAAUAACAAUGUAAUUACCAUUAGUUUUAGACCAGAUCAAUCCUUUACAACUAAUGUGCCGUCACUUAUGUCUUAUUAUUGUUGACUUUUUAUAUAAUUAAAAAAAAUGUAAUAAUACAAUUUAAAUAAGAGAACAAAAAAAAAUCUAAGUAAAUAUGUAUGUGUAUAUAAAUGUAUUGCACAUUAUUAACUUUAUAAAAUCUAAUCCGGUCACCGUUAUUCAAAUAAUAAGUGUCAGUUUGAAUUUUGAAUGACGCGGCCUCCCUUCAGAAUGUGUUUACAACGCAUGCAACCGCAGAGCAGCUAGACUGUACAGUAUCGGAUUAACAGCAUGUGUUUUUGUAUUGGGAUGACUGUCCUCUUUAAACCAGUGGGUUCUAUUAGAAAAGUUACGACCUAAAUGUUUUCAUAUUGCAUUGUAAAUUAUCCUAGAUGUGCCACCAUCCCAGACUAAGUAUAACUGGAAAACAUGCAUGGUACUAAUCUGUCUCAAGUUUAAGUGUAAUUUCCAGGUUUUUUUUUUAUAUAACUUGGCUGAAAACACAAAAGCAAUGACUUGUUUCAGUCCUACAUGCCAUCCAGCUGUCUCUGAUAUUGUAGUAGACGUUUUGUCAUUUUUAGAUUGGUAUUUUUAUGAGAACAAGAUGCUGCGAAGAGCACCUAUCUUAAUUUUUACUGUCCGCACUGCCAUGCCAGUUUUCAGUAUGAUGUUUUAGAAAAUGUAAAUUUAGGUACUGUAAUUAGAAAUCAUAAAUAUAUAUAUAUAAAUACUGUUUUUUUGUUUCCUUUUUUUUUUUUUUUUUUUUUUUUAGGUCCAUUUGUCAUUUUGUAUCAUCUUCAUGUUAAAAUAUUUUAUAUGUAAAUUUACUUCAUAAAAAAAACUGUAUUUGUAUAAAAAGAAAGAAAAAAGUUAUUACAGUACAAACAGGACUUGCAAAAAAAAGUUUUUUUCUGUGCAUCAGAACUUUUGAUCACUUUAUGUAAAUCGACACUAAUUAAAUAAAAGUAUUUAAUCUUUACAAA